CCUCAUGAGCUCCCGUGUGAAAAAGAAAAAAAGAAUUUAAAAAGGAAAUUGAAAUGAAAAGCCCUCCUCAGUCCUCUCUCCUAUGUUUUAUGUCAUUUUCCUAAAAUUGAAAUUUCAAAACUGAGGGGAAGUAAGAGUUCUCUCUCUCUCUGUGUUUGGGAGCUGAGAAAGUUGAACUCCCAAGAAAUUUCAGUUUCCCUCAACUAAUGAAAAUCUUCAGCUUCUAUUCUUAUCCGUGAGUUCCAAAUUCCUUCAGCAGAAAUGUCCCUCCUCAGUAGAUUCUUCUACAAAAGGCCUCCCGAUGGAUUGCUUGAAUUUGUUGAAAGAGUAUACGUUUUUGAUUCUUGCUUUUCAACUGAAGUUUUGCCUGAUGGAAUGUACCAAAUAUAUCUACAUGAAAUUGUCGCUGAGUUACAUGAGGAAUUUCCUGAUUCAUCUUUUCUCGCUUUCAAUUUUCGUGAGGGCGAGAAAAGGAGCCAGUUUGCUGAAAUUCUUUGCCAGUAUGAUGUCACUGUCAUGGAUUAUCCGCGACAGUAUGAGGGUUGCCCUCUUCUUCCUUUGUCUUUGAUUCAGCAUUUUCUUCGUGUUUGUGAGACUUGGCUUUCCCUUGGGAAUCAUCAGAAUAUCAUCCUUUUCCAUUGUGAAAGAGGGGGUUGGCCUCUUCUAGCCUUCCUUUUAGCUAGUUUCUUGAUUUUUAACAAGUUGCAUACUGGUGAACGAAGAACUCUUGAGAUUGUGCAUCGAGAGGCUCCUAAAGGCUUCUUGCAGCUUUUAUCACCUCUCAAUCCUUUCCCAUCUCAGCUUCGUUACCUUCAGUAUGUAGCCAGAAGAAAUAUAACACCUGAAUGGCCACCUCCGGAACGUGCACUUUCUCUGGAUUGUGUUAUCAUUCGUGCCAUUCCAAGCUUCGACUCUGAAAAUGGGUGCAGGCCAAUUAUUCGUAUUUUUGGUAGGAAUUUCCACACAAAACGUGGGCUUUCAACCCAUAUGCUCUUCUCCAUGUCCAAGAAGAAGAAGACCUCCCUUAGGCAUUAUCGGCAGGAAGAGUGUGAUGUGAUUAAGAUUGACAUUCAGUGUAUGGUGCAAGGAGAUGUUGUGUUGGAAUGUGUGCAUUUGGACUUGGAUCCAGAAAGGGAGGUUAUGAUGUUUCGUGUAAUGUUUAAUACUGCGUUUAUUCGAUCUAAUAUAUUAAUGCUCAAUUCUGAGAACUUGGACAUUCUUUGGGAUUCUAAGGAAAGAUAUCCCAAAGGCUUUCGGGCAGAGGUUUUGUUUGGGGAGGUGGAGAACAUGUCCCCACUGAAGGCUCCAACUACCAUUUUAAAUGGUGAAGAGAAAGGGGGAUUGCCAAUAGAAGCUUUUUCUAGGGUUCAAGAACUUUUCAAUGCGGUUGAGUGGGUUGAUCACAACGAUGAUGCUGCUUUGUGGUUACUUAAACAACUUUCUGUCUUAACUGAUGCAAGAGAAUUUUCAAGAUUGCAAAAUAAAGGCAGUUCUUAUGUGUCGCCCAUUGACUCUGAAGAAGAAUAUAAUGCAUCUAGUGCUGCUGACAGUUCAGAUGAAGCAUUUGAUGUUGUUCCCAAAACUUCUGCUGAUUCGGUUCCCUCAUCUAUUGAUGGUGAUAGUCUUCAUGAUUCAAAUAAUGUUUCACAACCUCCAGCUCAAGUUUUGGUUGAAACUGUUCAAUCCUCCCUUCCUCAACAACUAUCACAUCCAAAUGAAGAAAUUCCACCUUCUUCAUCCCCUCCAACUUUAUUUUCACCACCUGUUUCCCAACUGCCCCCUCCCCCUCCCCCUCCACCACCAUGUCUUGGUAUCUCAAGUAAUGAUAAUACACCUCCUUUUCCACCUUCUCAGCCGCCUCUUCCCAGUGUUUCAAACAGAGAUUCUUCCACAUUUCCAGCUCUGACAACUACUAGAAAUCCUCAGCCACCCCCUUGUCCACCUCCACCUCCACCACCUCCUUAUAACUUCUCAACUGAAGAUUCUUACAUGCCACCUCCUUCUACUAGUAAAGGUCCACCAUUCCCACAGCCGCCACCACCACCUCCUUUCAGUUCUUCUAAAGGUCCCCCUCCCCCCCCAGUUCCUCCUCCUCCUCCUCUUCCUUCAAUAUCUAGGCAAUCAUCAUUGCCAUCACCACCGCCACCACCACCACAGCCACCAUCUCUGACCAGUUCAACCAGUAGUCUACAACCUUCAACACUAAUGCCACCGCCACCACCACCGCCACCGCCAUCUGAGACAAUGUCUUCAUGUUCAAACACCCUUUUGGCUCCUCAACCUCCACCUCCUCCACCUCCUUUGGGUGGAAACCAUAACAAUACCAUGAGGCCACUUUGCCCCCCUCCACCUCCCCCACCUUCAGGACCUAAGCAGCCUAGUUCAGUCCCACCACCUCCUUCACCAGCACCCAAUCCUCCUGCUGCUCCCCCUCCACCACCAGGUCGUAACACAGCACCAGGUCCACCACCGCCACCCCCACCUGGAGCCAAGGGCUCUAGUGUGCCACCACCUCCACCUCCAUCGAUUGGAAGGGGAAAAUCUUCUUCAGGGCCUAGUGGUCAUGGAAGAGGUAGGAUUGCUGGUGGGACUGGUAAUGCCCCUAGGAAAACUUCAUUAAAACCUUUACAUUGGGUGAAAGUUACUCGAGCAAUGCAAGGGAGUUUAUGGGCAGAUUCACAAAAACAGGAAAAUCAGUCAAGGGCCCCUGAAAUUGAUAUAUCGGAACUUGAAAGCUUGUUCUCAGCUGCUUCUGCUUCAGAUGGAAUUGGUAGUAAUAAAGCUGGAGUUCGACGUGGUUCUAACAUUAACAAGCCUGAGAAAGUCCAAUUAGUUGACUUGCGUAGAGCAUAUAAUUGUGAAAUAAUGCUCACAAAAAUAAAAAUACCUUUGCCCGACAUGAUUAAUGCAAUUCUAGCUUUGGAUUCUUCAUCUUUAGACAUUGAUCAGGUCGAGAAUCUCAUCAAAUUCUGUCCCGCUAAGGAAGAAAUGGAGACAUUGAAGAAUUAUGCUGGUGACAAGGAAAUGCUGGGGAAGUGUGAACAGUUUUUCUUGGAGCUGAUGAAGGUUCCGCGAGUAGAAGCUAAGCUCCGUGUAUUUGCCUUCAAAAUCACAUUUUCUAGUCAGGUGGAUGAUUUAAGACGUCACCUGAAUACUAUUAAUUGUGCUGCUAGAGAGGUCAAAGAAUCUGUUAAAUUGCGUCAGAUAAUGCAAACAGUUCUGACUUUAGGAAAUGCUUUAAAUCAGGGCACUGCAAGAGGAUCUGCUGUCGGAUUCAAAUUGGACAGCCUUCUUAAGUUAUCCGACACUCGUGCAAGAAAUAACAAAAUGACUUUAAUGCACUACUUAUGCAAGCUCCUCUCUGAAAAAUUGCCAGAGUUGCUAGAUUUUGAUAAGGACCUUGUACAUAUAGAAGCGGCCUCAAAGAUUCAAUUGAAAAACUUGGCUGAAGAAAUGCAAGCUGUAAGUAAAGGUCUUGAAAAGGUUGAGCAAGAGCUUGCAGCUUCAUCAAAUGAUGGUGCUAUCUCCGCAGGCUUUCAAAGGGUAUUGAAGAACUUUCUUGAUACUGCUGAAGCUGAAGUGCGGUCACUUAUCUCCUUAUAUUCAGAAGUGGGAAGAAAUGCAGAUUCGUUGUCCCAGUACUUUGGAGAGGAUCCAGCUCGCUGUCCCUUCGAGCAAGUGACGCAAACGUUGGUCCUUUUUGUGAAGAUGUUCAAUAAGGCACGAGAGGAGAAUGAAAGGCAGGCUGAGGCUGAAAAGAAGAAAUUGGAGAAGGAAGCUUUGAAAGAAAAGGCAGCUGCUAAUGUAUCUGCAAAGAAAGAGGGUAUUGAUAAUGACAAGUUGAGGCUUGCUUCUCAAAUCCAUAAACACCUAUCCUAAUUUUCCUUCGGCAGCACACCAAAAGGAGAUCUGCUCAUGUUAGAGCUUUGAUUAUUUUCUCUUAGCAGUGCGUGCUAAUCACAGGUCGUCGAGAUAAUUGCGCACCAUCUUCAUUAGAUAGGGGUUCAACCCAGAGUGAUUUCUGUAAUUUUGCUUGUGUCAAUCCAAGCAAUUUCAGGGCAAGUUGCUUCACCUCUGGUUUUAUUCCCAUUGUUACAAAUGAAUGAUUAGGCUGUAUGUUGCAGAAAAUGUAUUGAAAUGUUGUAAAGGAGGGAAAUUUUUUAAAAGAAUUUGGUAGUAACCAUUUGGCU